UCGCCACAAACGCGUCUGCCUUGCACCACGAACAUUUCCCUCCGAUUUCACUUCCCAUUCACAAAAGGACGCGAGGAUCUAUGCGGAAAUGUCUUCAAUAGCUGUACUUAGAGCCACUUUAUACUCCGCAUUGACCUCAGGCGGAAAUGUCUCGGCGGAACAGGAACUGUAUGAAGACCUUAUGGAACACAAGCCCAUUCUUCUCAAUGUUUUCAGCGUGGGUGGGAGGAAUCCGCAGGAGCAAAGGGAGCUUGAAUCAGGCAAGAUCACAAUACGCGGUCGAUCGACAGCAGUCAAUACAGACUUUGCCCGUCAGGCCAUCUUCGUCUCAGAACAACUCGAUGUCUCCGAACGCUACAUCGCGGAGAUCAUGUACGAGGUCACACUGAGUGUCCCAAACUUUUCUCCAGAACGUCUCGUCGAACAAACCCUCCUCAACUUUCACAUUCGAAGACGUCACAUAGCAGACUGUCUACGCUUCCUAUUCGAGGCUGCUGAGCUGUCCGAAAGGCCAGAUGCACCUCCGCUCUUCCAUCGUUUGAAUACGUUCCUCAGGCAAAACUUACUGCCACCACCGAAACCACAGGAGGCGCCGCUGGCAACGAAGCUGUUCAAGGAGAUCGAAAACCUUGAGGUCAACAUGUCUAAAACGUUGAAUGCGAGGCAGAAUGCUGGUAGUGACACCGUGGCGCCGCCGAAUCAAGGAGCACGGUUGGGCUACGACAUCCUCACUGCGCGUUAUGACUCGCUGAAAUACGAACGACGCGCACUGGCGACUGUUCUAUGGGUGAUCGGCCGCAUGGGCUAUCUUUCCUCGCAAGACAUCACCAAAAUGAUUGACUGGCUCGAAGUGAACCCCAAACACCCAAUGGCCUAUUAUUUCCUCCCGACCAUCCUCGCUGCAUUCGAUCUUGUUGACCCCGAGACACAGGGUGCUCAAAAACGGAAAGACCUUGGCUCCGAUAGGACGUUCAUUUCAUUCAUGCAGAGAAAGCUGGAUGUUUCGACGCAGUGGAAAGAGCCUGGUCUCAAGUCGUCUAUUUUACUGAAGUGGACGUUGUUCUGCACGGAGACGAGGCAUCGAGAUCCUUCGUUGGAGGAUACCGAGGGUUUCCGCUCGAACGAGCUUGAGACUCAGAUAUGGAACGCGAUCCAAGGAGACUGUUUCCUCUACCUUAUACGGGUUCUGGUUGGUCUCAAGCAGAAACAAGUACUCCCCUCAUUCGCUGCGUCUAUGAUUGUGCAAGACCAUGAACCAUCGCCUGAACGCCCAUCUGCAGAAUUCAUCCCUGUUAUUUUGGAGGCCUGUGAAUCCCUCGUCCGCUCCCUCAUCACACACGCAUCCUCUGAACUUCGCAAGAUCAAACAACGACAGGAGGAUCUCCUCUUAGCCACCGCGCGCACUGAUCGUACGCGGUCUCGUGGUGCCCCGCCUCCCCAACAACCUCGCUUUGCCUCUGCAGGAGAUGCAGAUAAGUCUGAAGUGCCGCGCAACGAUAUGGCUGUCAUGUUUUCGUUCAUAGGCAUUUUGUACUCCUGCCUGCCCCCAGAGACAGCGCUCCCAUACUGGGGUGUCAUCCCACGAGAUAGGCAACGAGAUUUCCUCACCGAUUCAGCUGCGUCUAAAUUACCAUCCUUUCUUCAAUGGGCUGUAUGGUCCACUCCAGCAAAUGACCUCGACAUGUUGACAGCACUCUACGAUAUGCUGACUGGUCUCGCUAAUGGCCAACAAUGCAGCGAGAUGGCAUAUAAUUUUCUUGCCAGAGGCGGAGGCGAAGUCGGCGUUGUGGACCCAUCGUCGUCGAGUACACCUGCACACAUGGUAUCAGGAUCGACUGUAUCUUGGAGUGCAAUGUUCGGUUUGCUUGAAGCCUGGGCAUCUGCUGCCUCCCCAGUUCGGCCCCAUCCAUCGCAAAGUUUGGCCCCGAGCGCACAGUUCGGUGCACAGCAGAUGAGCCAAUGGCCUGCUCAAACCCAACAUGUGCACCCACAACAGCAACGCCUGGCUUUGACACAACAGGAUGUCCUACUCGCGCAAUCGUUCUUGCGGUUACUGGCUACCGUAGUCACGCACUCUAUCGCUGCGCGAGUCACAAUUUGCGGACAUGCACGUUUUCGAGCUAUCCCUACGCUCAUGUCCCUCAUCCCACUCAGUGUCCCCCUCGAGCUCAAGGGUGCACUCUUUGACACCUUGGCAGCAUUUUGCACCCCUGGAGCAGGAACUUCAGGAAUCGAGAUCUGCAAGUCAGUAUGGACACUCAUGGAAAGGUUGGAAGUUAUUAAUGUCCGCGGGAGCACUGCCAUGGGGCCAACUAUCCCAGCUGUUAAAGGUGUUGAGGUGGAAUUGGAGGAAGUGGAGUCUACGUUCAAGAUGUACCCUGCCACAAUUGCUUUCCUCAAAUUGCUCAGCACGCUCAUCCAUACACCGAAGACUCUCCCAUUGAAAGACCAAGUGAGCCCCGAGCCUAUCCAUACUAUCCCGGAUGGUCUUGGACAUCCUUACCGACCCCCUGGUGUAUCGCCAUAUACUUCCUUCGUUAUCGACAACGUGUUCUCCAACAUCCCCAGACGGGAAUACCUUCAACCUGCCGAUCGAUGGCUCAUCAAUGACCUAUGCUUGUGUUACGUUGAAAGAUCUUUGGCAAGUUUCGACCUAGAGUCUCUUAUGACGAGCGUGGACAACCGCUCUGUCACUAGGGAAAAUGUAGUGCAGCUUGCCAUUCACCCGGGAUAUGAUCUCAUGAAACGACUUCUUACACACUCCUCUCUCCACACCAGUAUAUUGUCAUACGUUGUCGAUGGCACGGAUGGCUUCGAAAAAGGAUUCGCAGAUGAAGAACCUUACUUCCGUAGUACCAUCAUCCGAGUGCUACGCAUCAUUCAUCGUGUCCUUGAGAUUCAGGACGUCUUCCUCGAUGUUCUGAUUCCUCUGAUCUUUGAUCUGAAUGACACCUCGGUCGUGGGUGAUCUCCAUCCCGCAUCUUACUUCGGCAAACUGGACCAAGCGUUGUUGUAUGCACCGGAAAUCGUCUCCGCGAUCGUGUCAUAUGUUGCGUACCCAUCACACCUGGAGUUGGCUUACUUGUCGGUCAAGAUAUUGUCGAUACUAUCCACCCCGACUGCGGUUUACAAACUGGCAGUCCUACUCGAUAGGAGCACUGACUCCAUUCGUAUCUUGGAUGGUUUCCGACGUAUUCUAGAUGCGGAAUCACAGGCGGACGUAGAAACCACCGAGGUUGUCAUGGAACAAAACACGGGUGCCGGCGCCCGAGAUCCAGCAGAGUUGGAGAGUGAUUGCAUUCAAGCUGUGCGAACAGCCGUAUUGGAUUUCUUUAUCCAAAACACUCGCUCAGAUCGUCCAUACCCCAAUGUCGCGCAUUAUCUCCUGUUCGGUCGAAUUGAAGUGGGCGAUCAAAUUCAAGAUCCCCAAGCACUAGGUGCUCGACGAAGUUGCAUGCACUCUGUGGUAGAUCUGGUAAACAUUGGUAUUCCCCGACCUUCAAGAAGGCACGAACCUCGAGACGCCCCUUUGCUCGUAUCCCUUCCUUCGCUUGCCGAACGAUGCUAUCAUGUCUUGUUCCAGCUUUGCAAACACCCUCGGACCUCGGACUUCACCACUCGAUACCUCCGUUCUCGUGAGGACUUCUUCAUGCGGCACCUCAUUGCCAUUCCUUUCAAAGCUCCGCUCGUUGCGAAGGAUCCAUACGUUGAAGUUCAAUAUCAGGACGGAUCUAGGGUUAUCACUACCGUGCCUGCCUUCUGUUCCUUCUUGCACCUGCGUUCAUGGGUGCUGGAUCUGGUGGCUUUGGAGCUGCAUGUGCUCGUCAACAAGGGUCAUCACAAGAGCGUCAGCGAAUUGCUCGAAUUGCUGUUCGGCAACGCAGGGGAGUCUUUCGAAAGUGAACAGACAGGUUGGGAACAUGAAGCGUUCAGACCAUUUCAUGAGGUUGGGCAAUCGCACAUCCGCAUGAUCGAAUUUCUUGAAUCUCUCAACAUCGACUGGUCGGAUAGUCUCACGCCGCAACCAGUGGAGCUGGAGUUCCUCAGCCAACUGGAUCUUCAAUCUUGUGUCCGCAGUGACAUCUCCGGAUGCGAAGUAGUCGACAGCGCAGCUCUUGUCUCUCUGCUGGCUUCGGCGAAAAGGACGGUUCAUGCCCAUGGUCGUGUUUUGACAGCAGCACAUGCACAACAACUCGAGGCUGAGAGCCAGUAUAUUCUACAAAGUUGUGCCAUUGAAAAUCAUCGGCGAGAAAUCCGCCAUGCUAUUGCCGGAAGUUUCGAGUCGUGGCGGAGGGUAUUGGACGUUGCCCUUGUUCGAUGUUACUCCCGUAUUCCAGAUAACCGACGGGAAAAUAUGCUCCUUGACUUGCUCCAUGCCCUCCCUUCGGCUCUUGACUCGAAUAAUAUUGAGGAGUCGACUGCUGUCAUUCUCGCGGAGAGCAUUCUGACGACUAUCACCAAGCUCCGGGAAGAUCGACGAACGAGUCAACCUCACGAGACCCUGACCGUUGCCGCUCGCUCGUUGCCUAUAGAACGCCUAUACUCCUUGUUGAAGAGCCUCGUUGGAUGUAUUUUGAGUCACAACCGGUACGAGUUGGUUAGGGGCAACCUCUAUGCAUCCCUCAUCCAGUACCUUCGUUUGGUUAUGUCAAGCGACGUUCCCGUAGCAGAUCAAGAGGUCGAUCUUUUUGCAACUUACAUUCCCGUCCAGGAUGACAGCUCGAAAUCCACGAAGCUACACAGACAUAGGCGAUCGAAGGAGGCACAGGGUAGCUUCGCCGUCAUUCAACCUGUGGCUGAACGUCUGGUUUCUAUCAUCUCCCGCGAUGCCAUCGACGGAGCUGAAGUGUGGAAGACAGUAGCUUUCUUGCUCUUGGAUUCUUUGGUGCAUCUCUCCUUGCCACAGAAUACUGUCAUCACAGCUCUUGCUCGAUCAGGUUAUCUUUCUGGGUUUGUUCAAAGCGUGAAAGAUGCCGAUGCACGUUUGCAAGCUGUCCUUCAACCCGACCCUGAGAGCCUUGACACACUGUAUGUGUAUGAGGCCAAGAUGUCACUAUUCAUCAGGAUGGCGCAGUCCAAGUCGGGCGCCGAACGUCUACUAGAAGCGCGACUUCUGUUGAUCCUCGCUGACUGUGACUUCCUGGACACAAGACCCGAAGUUGGCCAUGGAUUCACAGAGCAAGACUCAUUCUUACCUGGUGCUAUUCAACGAUACCAUCAACUCCUUAUACCCGCUUUGCAAAUUACUGCCACUAUCCUGCUCACUGUAGGUGCAAAACAUACCAUGGCAAGCCAGCAGGCGCUGCACUUCCUACGCAAUCACAGGGAUUCCCUCGUUCUCUUGUUGAAGAGCGAGGUCGAUCAGUCUUCACUGUCACCAGAAGAACUUCAUGUCGUCAUUUCGAUGUGCGCGUAUUCUCUACAACUGGUCCCUCGGACGGAGCUGCUGUCUAGCAGUGGAUUCGGCAGCCUGUACACGUCCGUCCGAAGCCUUGCUCAAAAGUCUCUCAGCCAUCAGGAAUGGUGGCAGGAUCUUUUACAGGAUCCAAAAUCGCUACGAUCAUGAUGUCCCGACGAUUUGACGUUAUAUCUGUACUAUACACUCCACGAUUUCAUAACUUAGAGUGACUGUAGUCUAUCGCUUCAAGGUUCUUUGCUUCUCUGCAUGCUCGACAAUCUUCCUAUCCACAAAGAGACCUUUCCGUUCACGAACAGCGUCCAUGUAAGCUUUCGCAACAUUUGAUCUGUCGGCUUUCUCCCCGAGGUCUUCGAGCUCCUCUUCUGUUGUUGGGACCCAGAAAGGGUCUUCGUCCAAGAGUUCAUACCCGCUAAAUAUGAGCUGAGGGCUUGCAGCACCCGAUGUACGCUUGCGCAUGUCUGCGAAUGCCUUCAGUCGCGAAAAUGAGACUUAAAAACCAGCAGUACACACCAUCAGCGAAUCCAAAACUCUCUACCACAGGAAGCAAAGCUCGAACGUUGAAAAACGUCGUGCCCUCUCUCAUUUCUUCCGCUACAAUCCUCCCUCUCCGUCUGGCGACUACGCCAUAAACCUUACCAAGUACAUCCGCUAGAACCAAACAAAGUCAGUUAUCAUCCAGGUGUCACAGCCAAAGAAUCACCCACUUGAAGCUUGAAUAUCACAAGUGUACAUCGCCAACAUCAACCGUGGAGACCAAUCCAAAAGUCCAUUCCUGCACGCAUCUCUUACGGCCGAAAUGAAAGAACCUGUCACUUGGGCCAUCCUGUUUUGCACUGUCAGGCCGAAAAUGUUAGCCGUGCAAUAAUCCGGAGAUUGCCUUGAAACAUACCUCGUUCUUCCUCGAGUCCGGCGUAAUUGAUUUCCAAGGACUCCACGAAAUAGGCCAAUCCUUCUACUGGCUCUGCACACAAGGGCCCUUGCAAUGUAGCCAGUUGGAAUCCAGUCUCGAGAUACCCAUCGAAAUCGUUUACGAUUUGCCGUUCUUCACUGACAUUUUCCUCCUUGUUUGUCGCAAGCCGCGCCUUCAGCCUGUCAAACAAAAAUGUAUCAGCCCUCCUCAACUAGGUUCUUAAAAAUGGCACGUACGAUUUGGACGAAGUCUUCCUGAGAUCGACCAACAAAGAGGUUCCAACUUUCUGUGGUCCAAAGGCCACUAUCCUGUCAAUAAUACUUGCCCACUCUCCACCACAUUUCUUGCAUAUAUCCUCUAAGGCAGACCAAAACUGCUCCGGUUCAACCGUUGGAGGCUUAUACAGCUCUCCCUGAAUGUCAAUUUCCGCAGGGUCUUCUUCCACAGCUUCUAUGUUCGUAUUCCGCUGUGAAAGGUCUCUGUUACGGCUCUCGCGAUGAAGUUGGCGUAUGACUGCAAGGUUGUCUUGGAGGAAAUCCCAAAUUGGUUUGGGCAGAGGUGAAGCGCGGAUGGUGAAUUUGACGAGAUUGUGCACGCUCGCACCGUAUACUGUGCCCCGUUUGCCCCCAGAUUUCGGUGGGGCCAUCUCUGCGUCAGAUGUAUCAGAUGUCUGGUGAAUAUGGGCCUAAAGUUAUUACAAAGUCACAUACCUGCGCCCUUGACACAGGUCUCUCUAAACGGCACAAUAGGCUUUGAAGCGUGAAUUUCAACUCUUGCAAACCUUUCUCUCAGGUCUUUCAAACACCUCUAAAGCGCAAAAACCUUUAGUCUUGAAAAGAUAACCUCGGGAGGCUAAAACCAUACCUCUAGAUGCAACUCUCCUGCAGUCAUGAUAACAUGUUCACCGGUUUGUUGCUGGAAGGUCUCUACGCAAGGAUCGGCUUGAGCAAGCAACUUCAACCCAUUAACAAGCUUCGGCAAAUCAGCAGGGACAGCGGGCUCCAAGGCAACUCGGACAAUCGGUGCAGCCUGGUCACAACAAGUUAGUAACAAUGAAGCGUUUUCGUAAACAUAGUACUCACUGUACGAAGGGCACCACCCAAAUUCACCAAACACUCCUUAUCCCUCUCCAAGUCCGGCCCCUGAACACCCACACUCCUUGGUGCACAAAGAGUAGCAUUCCUCCAGACCUUACCCUCUAAACCCUUGAUAGCAAACACAUUCCCCGCCCUCACUUCCUGCACCUCCACCAAUUCCCUCCCCAUCAUCGUAUACAAUCUCUCCGCCUUUGCAGUGACUAUAUGCGACUGAUUGCGCGGGUGGGAAGGGGGAAGAGUAUUGUUGUAUUUUGGUAGGACACAGUAGAUAGUUGAACCUCGAGCGAUUGUUCCAGAGUAGAUACGUGCGAAACCGAGCAGGGUUUCGCCGGUUUGAAUACCCAACUCUGCUGCUACAUUC